AUGGGGGAAAGAUUAGUCGCUAACUCUCUGGGCCAGCACCCUCAAGCCAUGCUCACCUUCGAGAGCGAAAACCACGUCGGUGCCGAAGCCAUUCAGGGAAAGUUAGGCAGCCUGCCUUUCCAAGAAAUCCGCCACGACAAACCCACCGUUCGUGUACAGCCCUCAGUCACUGACGGAUUUGUCCUCGUCAUGAUCACUGGGCAUUUCUCGGCUUCGGGUCUUGACAAACCUUUUGCCUACAGCCAGGCCUUCCAGCUGAAGGUCCCAGACAUCAUUGAUCCGAAUCUCUCACCCGAGCAGAAUGCGGCGAAGUUCCAAAUCUGCAACGACUUCUUCCUGUUGAGCUUCGGAUAA